AUGACGACCUCGAGCAGUUUGAGCGCCACGCUACUGCUCGUGACGGGGGUCGUGGGUGUGGGUAUAGCCGCCAUGGGCUACUACUUGGUGCACGUCAACAAUAGCAGGAAACUCCGCGGGGUUUCCACCGACAGCAGCGAAGGCAGUGCGUCGGAAAGCGAUAAGGCGUCGAGCACUGUGCAGCACAAAGAGAAGAGCGACAGGACGCGAACGUCGGCAGCGGACAACAGAGCGACAGCUGGUGCUACCGGUAAACUGCAGGAGCUCAUUGUGCGUGAGAAGACUGUGGCUACUGGAACACUUGAGGUCACACCUGGCGGACAAGAGAAGGUGCUGAAGACUAAUGUGGCUGAAGCUGCCAAGUCGUCGACAAAGGUAGUGGAUCGCUUGGUCGAUGUCGAAGUAACGAAGAAGGUCCAGUGGGGCUCUACGAAGACGCUGGAAAGCAGUCGCAGGAAGGCUGCAGAGAGCUCGACGGUGACGGAGAAGUCGGUGGUUCUUGACGUUUCGAGUCCGUCCAACGGAGGCCCAAGGAAGGUUUUUGAGCGUCGUACGGAACCCGCUGUAGUCGUAAGGAAGAUUACAGAGAGCUGUCAAGAGAUUGAUGUACGUACCGAGGGGACUGGUGACAGCUCGGAGAAGGUUGCGGACGCGGCUGAAGCUGUUGCUGAUGAGCAGUCGACGCAGGCCUCUGCCAGCGCAACGAAAGCCAUGGCAAGUCCCGCGAAAAGUCCAGGCAAGAUGCCAGCGGCUACGUCUGCUACUGAUUCUGCUACAAUCGAGUCGAGGGAGGACUACGUCGUGGCCCAAGCAGUCAUUGAAACUGCGAGCGCAUUUACCGAUGAGUUUCUUCAGGAGUCGCUCGAGAACAUCGCACUAGAGCAUGAAGAGUAUGUCCAGGUGGACUUGACGCGGUCGAUGAUGCUGUCGCAGAGUACUUUUGAGGCAUCCCGCACUGAAGACCCAGUGGCGAAAACCGAAGAGAUUGUUUCUGUAUCUGCAGUCACAGCGGUCGAAGAAAGCCCUGUUGAGGAGAGCAUCAGUGAAGAAAGCAUUGUCGAGGAACGCGUUGUUGAGAAGAGCAUUGUCGAGAAGAGCGUCAGUGAAGAAAGCAUUGUCGAAGAGAUCAUUGUUGAGAAGAGCAUUGUCGAAGAGAUCAUUGUUGAGAAGAGCACUGUCGAGGAAAGCAUUGUCGAGGAAAGCGUUGUCGAAGAGAGCGUUGUCGAGGAAAGCAUUGUCGAGGCCAGCGUUGAUGAGAAAAGGACAGUCGAAGAGGGCGCUGUCGAGGAAGGGCGGGUGCAAGUUCCAUUUGAGCCAAGUAAGUCGACCGUAACGGAACCUAUCACGGACGCUGGUGCGGCAAUCGAGACGUUGCCGCCAGGAAGCCCCGAUGCGACACCGCUGUCAUGGGAAUCUAUUGUGUUAAGCCCAGAGCUGGAUGCAGAACGUGCUGAGGAGACCUUGACUCCGUUGUCACUAGACACUCCGGCAGAAAGCACUGACUCCACGGAGCCCCUAUCGAUUCGAGUUCCAGCUGAACAGACUGAGACGCAUGCUGACGAUAAAGACGCGAGCUCUCCCGUGGACAGUGGCGACUCGACGCCCAAUACACGCAAGCGCAACCGAGCAAAGAAGGCCAAGAGCAAAAAGAAGAAAGGCAAGAAGCACCACUAG